AUGGAUACAGGCUUCAACUCACGCCUAUGGCUGCUGGCUCUCUUUGGCCUUGUUGGAGGUCUCGUUGCUCAUCGUCUCUCGUUGAAGGAGAACCAGGCUGGUACAAGCAGCGGCGACAACAGUGGCAAGCCAUACCUGACGGAACUACUUGAAGCUUGGUCUACUCCUUCUGAACAGACUCGCGAGUCGAACCAGGAGCACCUGGACUUGUCGAUCAAGAAGGCAGAGUCGCAGCUUAUGAUCCAAGAUGCUCAGAAGCCCGCUGCGCAUCGCAUCAGGUUCCUUCCGUACGUAUCGCCGCGCGUCUUUGCGUCCUUAUACUGA